AUGAUCAUUGUGCACCACCUCAACAACAGUCGCGCACAACGCAUUCUUUGGCUUUUGGAGGAAUUAAAUGUACCGUACGAGGUUCGAAAAUAUCAGCGUAUGCCGAAUUACAAGGCGCCGCCAUCUCUCCUUGAGAUACACCCGUUAGGAAAAUCUCCUGUGAUAGAAGAUAGCAAUGAAGGUGAACAUAUAGUUCUAGCCGAAAGCAGCGCGAUCAUCAUGUAUCUGCUUCAAAAGUACGGAGGUAAGCAGACUUUGAGUUCAGCAGGAACGUUAGACGACCUGUAUUAUACAUACUAUGCCGAAUCAACUCUGAGGCCUCUGAUUGUCGUCCGGCAAAGAUUAUCCCGUUUCGCGGAUCGUGCCCCAUGGUACCUCCGACCUUUAUUCCGUUAUGUUCUUGAAGCCUACAGGGUGAUGUACGUCGACCCGGAGCUUCCACGAAAUAGUCAAAUGAUUCAAGAACACCUCAGCAACAACCCGUGGUUCGCUCGAGGAUCUGAUGGUCCAACUGCUGCAGAUUAUGCAAUGAUCUUUGGAUUAGAGGGAUUAAUUGUUGAAAGAGCAAUUACGCCAGAGAGCCAUCCCGCUAUAACGAGAUAUAUAGACAAGAUCCAUGCUCGACCUGCAUAUCGAGCAGCACUGAAAAAAGGCGCGGAAUGA